GUCUACAAAUCAACCAGCCGCUCUUCACUCGGUCCUCGUGUUGUGGUGCGUAGAGAGAAAAAUAAUCGUCUCUGCAAUGUAUUUGAAACUGAAAGCAUACUGCUUGGGUGUUCCACUUUUAUACACCUUAUCGACAAUAAACCUAUCUUCAUUAGUCCGGUGUGAGCACACAGCUCACUCCUUCCAGCCAACCUCUCGCUCGGCUCCCCACAAUGUCCGGAGCGGUGUUUUAACGACCAGAGUCCCCAGCGACCCCUCCACCACUGCGGCCGCCUACUUCAGCGGCCCAAGGCGCCAGAACCUUGAAGGCGGUGGCUGGACAACGACGAAGCUCCCCGGACUCGGGUCAAAGCGGGGAAUUGGAGCCAAGAUGGCGUCGUCUUCAAGUUUAGCACCCCGCUACAAACGCUGGCAAACGGAGGGAGGGAGGCUGUUUACUUCUCACGAGGUUCUGGGUGGGAACUGCAGCAGGGGAACCAUCAGGCGUGUAGUUCCCGGGGAUUUUUACAUCACCGGUCAGCUGGAAGCAAACCCCCGACACGGAGGCCAUCAGUCAGAUUCUGCUGCUACAGGCCAGAUUCGGGACAGCCGGGCGAGCGGCACCGGUCGGCAUGCUGGCGGUUCUGAGGAGAGCUGGCGGAAGCUGGAGCCGUCGGUGGAGUGUGGAGAUGACGCCAUGACUCUGACUGUGAGGAGGAAACGAGCCGUACAACUGCUGCUGGACCAAGUGAACGGCUCAUCGAUGCCCCUGCUCCAUCUGCCUCAGCAGUGUGGCUACUCCGUUCGAAGCUCCUGGAAAGACCUCACUCUGAUGGCUCAGUAUGACGCCUGCCACAUCGUUCGAGAGGAUGAUGGCUAUGUGUUGCCUCUGUUGUGGAGGGGGAUUCCCGUCAAGGUUUCCUGCCCAAUCUCCCAGCUCCACCUUCAAGGCCAGGGGCCGUCCUCGCUCUGCUGCUCCCUCAACGGCAUGAUGGUGAAACUGAGAGGACCGACUGCUGUGGAGAACCCGCAUAUAAACGUUCGGGGUGAAUGGACUCCUCUGGGGCUGUUGGCUGAACAGUGUGGUUAUACUGUGUACAGACUGGCUGCAGAGACGGUCGUUGCCGUGCCGUUCCUCACUUGUGGUGUAACCGUAAAGGAUGGAAAAAACACACUUCUGCUUAAAUUAGGGGAGGAGAUUUUCAUGUUGGCUUGUCCUAACUCUGCUUUUGGAGAAGUCUCAGCCGCCCAUCGGCCUCUGGCUGACAGCCCCACGGAUUUCACCAGAAAGCUGCCAAAACCUGAAUCCCUCAGGCAUUUACUGUUUAUGCCGCCUUUCUACUUGGCUCCACCUUACUAUCCUCACCCAACAUAUCACCAUAGUUACUCUGAAAAUAAAGAACGGGACACCCAGAGUCAUCCUGCUCCUCUUUCUGUGGCUCCGAUGGCUGACUUUAGUUCCCAGCUGAACUCUCAAGACCAUUACUUUCGGUCUCUUAAAGAUGUGCAUGAAAACUAUCGUACCCAAAAGCCUCUUUCAUCUAAAGAAAAGUUGGCUAAUUUGGGUUCAUUACAUAAAGACCAAAAGCAGAAACAAGUAGCUCCUCUUUUGGAUGUCUCAACGAAUAGUUUCUCCCCUACAGCUCUGCCGGUUCAGGUGGCAGCUCCUCAUCCCCACCAUCCCAGCCAUGAUUUUAGCUCCCAUUACCACUACUACCAUCAUCCAAAGAUCCCUGCUCCUGGCACACCUCAGGGCCCAGGUCCAGGUCUUCCUGGAUCACAAACCUCUUCCGAUUCUCCGAACCAUCAACCUCCGUCUGAGCAGUUUGAGAGUCUGAAAGAGGGACCAACCUGGAUUUCUUCACCUGAAGACACCCAAACGAAGAACAAAGUGACAGCAGUUCAUUCACCUUACUUUACUCAUCCGUUUCCUUUCUAUUACUACCCACGUGUUACAAAGGGUGACGUGAAAAGACUGGGGCUUCUCCAUCUAGAUUGGACUGCAAAAACAAACAUGUCUUCAGUACCUUUAAAUCCUGAAACGCAAAGUAUUAAUCCAGAGCCAGAAAAGGAGAAAUCCGAUUUUCAGCCCAGUUCGAAACCAAAGCUACAAGACAAAGACAAACGUUCGACCUCUGUGUCUCCAGCCCCAGAAAGACCAGAUCCCAUCGCAGUUCCUCUUGACAAACCAGUGUUCCCCACUCCAGGAUUCACGUAUAACGCAGAUCCCUACAAGUACUACUACCAUCCGUACUAUAACUACUACCUAAAGUAUUAUGCACCAGUAGCGUUGCGUGGCGUCUACAACCGUCUGGGUCAAGCUUUGUCAGAAUCCUUAUCGGUACAACAACCUUCCCACUUGAGAUAUCAAACCAGUCCCCCUCCCUCUGAACCAGGGUACGACAUUCCCAGCAGACUGACGUUCCCCUACUACUAUUACUAUCACUACUACCUGCCUCAGCUGUUCAGAUACUACCAGCAGCUCCAUCUUCCAGGAGGUAAAGACUCGGAUAAAGAUUCUACAUCUCUGCUUUCCCCAAAUGUGGAUUACAGUGACCUGCAGAGGUUUCCUCGUGCUUCUGAGGGCCGUCGUUCCAGCACCUUCAGUCCAGCUUACUCCAACUAUAUUGCUUGGCACUGCAGUGGGUUUAAUGAGAAGCUGGGUGACUACAUGAGAGCGGCCCCGCCUGCUCCCUCCUCUGAGGACAGGAAGGCUCCCUGCAUGCUGCAGAAGCUUUCCUCAGAUCCAGACGUCCACGUUGCUCCCCUGGACGGCUGCAAACAUAUGCCUGGUCAGAGGAUGGUCCAUCAGCCAGAAGUUCACGGUCUCCUAUCAGACAGAGGUUUCUUCCCUGUAAGGUUGAUGGUGGGAUGCGGCGCCCCCUCCGAUCCGGGUGAAGUCAGAACCUCAGCUGAGCCGCCGCCGUCCGCCGUCACCGUCGUUCUGAGGAUAGCAACCGAUGCGUCCUUCUCCAGCUUCCACCCUAAAGCUCAGCUGCCCAUCAGCCUCCUGCAGGGUGAAUCUGUCCAUGUGGAGCUCAGCCUGCUGCAGCCUGCUGACCCAACCCUGCUGCUCCUGCUGCACUCCUGCCUGGCUUACACUUUGACCCCGCAUGUCUUCUGGAUGCUGUUUUAUGACCGCUGUAGCAGCCAGAGUGUGUCGCAGCUUCUUCCUUCCCCUGACCCUCGGCACAUCUGGAGGAUUAAAGUUUCCAGCUUCCCCUCCCUGCCUCCAGCAGGCUACACCUACAGGACUCCUGGGGGGCCAGCUGCACCGGAGGACCCAGAGGUUUACUUCCUGUGCCACACAGAGCUGUGCUCAACUGUUUAUGGUGACUGUGGUGUGAGCUGCAGCAACGGUCCCAACACUGAUGUAACUGGAUGAAAUAAAGACACUUUUACACAUUUGACUUAUUUCUGUGUUUUAUCAAAAAUGUGUAAAAAUUGUCUAUUUUGAGGGGGAGAAAAAUACAUUUGGACAUAAUUCAACUUUCCUUGACAGUCGUGUUAUCCUUGAAACAAAGAUGAAACUUAAAAUAUAAUUUUUAUGAAAAGCUUAGGGGAAUCCCUUUCACCUUCAAAACGUUUAGUGUAGGAACCAGGUGUGUGUGUGUGUGUAUAGAAAUGCCCUCGGUUAUUACAACACUGAACUAAUUAGGUGGCUGUGAUUUACAAAGUGAGCAUUCAUUGGAUGAAAUUAAAAUUUUUGAACAUGGAAGAAAAGCUUUGACUCUAGCAGUGGCUGGUGAAGGUCAGACAUUUAAAGUAAAAUUUGUCACCCCCAAUAUUUAGGUUUUAGGACCCUAAAUAUUGGGGGUCUUCCAAUAUUUCGUCCUCUUUAAAACAUGGCAGAAUAUUUAAAGAACGUCCUUUGCUGAAGCAGACCAGGAGUCUCGUGCAUCAGUGUGAAACUGUCGUACUAAAAGUUUGCAGUACGACGAAAUUAAUUUGAUCUCUGCCCCUAAAUGCUUAUGAAAUUUCAUAGAAAUAACCAGGUGUCCAAACAACCAUGAAGACGGCCGCCGUUUGUAGUUUGUUUCCAACAUUUACAUAUUAACAAAAUACAUUUUAUUUUAAAUGGGCCUUUCAGGUCCCACAAACGUCAUCUUAAAGAAACUAAAAGCAACAUAGUUGAUUCGUAAAAAGUUGGAGUAAAAUGAUAUGUUGAUCAAAGUAAAAAUGAUUUUAAACAGAUGAGUUCUCAGCCCCGAUUUUAAUAACAGCAUGCCAGAGUGGUUUGUUUUUUUUAUUCCAGUACAGAACAUGCCGCUUCAUUUGUUUGCACAUUUAUAGAAUGGAAACGCUUUCUAUUCACAAAGAAGAUUCAUUUCCAGACUUUACCGUUGCAGCAAAGUGGCUCGGAUCAUGUUCUGAAAUCGGCUAAUUACUUCAAAUCACAAUUAAAUUUCUGUGGCCUGUUCUGCCACAGUGCAGGGAGAACCUCAUGCUGACAUUUAUAUGAACAGUUUCUGGUUCGCUUUUGGAGAACACAGCGCCAAACAGAUGACCGUUUUCUACAGCUCUCUGGAUCUGUCCUCGCUUUUGUCACCUGGUUUGGCCGUUUCAGAGACGAACGGGAUCAAGCACAUUGUAAAAGUAGCCAACAAAGUUACAGGCUUUAGAUUACCUGAUUUAGUAGAAAAAUUUUAAAGACUUCUACAAAAAGAAGACAUUGUCCUACUCUCCAAAUCUCCCACUUCUUGGUGAAUUUCAGCUUCUGCCAUCUGGGAAGAGAUUCAGGCAGCCCAAAUCAAGAACCAACAGAUGGAGAAGAUCUGAUUAGCCAGGCUAUUAUUCAGAUUUCAAAUGUAAUCAGGCUCUUAUUGAUAUUUGUACAUAAACUUUUAACUGUUUUGCCAAUGUUUUUUCUUUUUCUCUCUCCUUGCUGCAAGGAAACUUUUCUAAGUGGACAAUAAUAACGACAUACUGAUGUAUGAUAUAAUGUACAACACAAACUUUCAAAAGCACGACUAGCUCAGCCUGAAUCCUUUUGUUAUAACUUCAUGGUGAACUUUCUAUUUUAAAUAAACACAAAGCACUGAGAACCGUAGAGAGUGACUGGAACAUUUCUGUAUUUCUGUGUGUGGGAACCCUAAACUUCUCUGUUCUUGGGAUAUACUACUUCCACUGUUUUCAAAUGGCUUUUUGCCAGACUUUCCUGGAAGAAGUUGAUCCUAGAGUAGGUUUUUAAUCCACCAGUUUUAUUUAUGGCAGAAUUUCUAAGCAUUUUUUUUAAACCAAAAAUCUGGUGGAUUCAACAGGAAAUCUGCACCAGCUCUCUACUCUCCGUCCUUGUACUAUAGCAGAUCGUCUGUCUUUUCUUGGCGUUUCUCGAUCGGAGACUAUUUCGUCCUUGGCCCUUAUCACAAGCGUUGCUGCCAACAAUUCUCGUCUUGGCAACAUGAUUCUGUAGCAUAAGCCUUAAAAAGGCGGUGGCCCUCUGUUGGAUGCGUUUGCACGUCCUGAAGCUGCCUUCCCUGCAGCCUUGUGAUUCAGAAAACUGCAGUUUUCAGCAUUACAGCAGCAAGAGGCUGCUGUUCAUGGGGGAGUGUUCAGUGUUCAUGUCAUUAUGUCUCUUUGGCCUGAAGAAAGCUUCUGUAAUUGUGCAGUCAGAUGAAAACCUAUCGGACGAUUGUGCAGUAAAGAUGAAAACCGCUUGAUGUCUGCAGCUCAGACACCAGAGGGGUGACAUGAAGAGAGUCUGAAUAAUUGACUGAGGCGCUUCAGUCCCGAUGAAUCUUUGAACUGAACAGGGCGGCGCAGAUGACUUGUGUGAUC